GAUGGCGCUGGACGGCGGCUCUGGGCUGGUUGGGGCUACAGCGGCAGCGAACCCCUUGUCGCGCUUCACGUGCCCGGUGUGCCUGGAGGUGUACGAGAAGCCUGUGCAGGUGCCCUGCGGACACGUCUUUUGUGCUCUUUGCCUGCAACAGUGUCUGAAACCCAAGAAACCUGUGUGUGGAGUCUGUCGAAGUGCUUUAUCUCCAGGAAUCAGAGCUAUGGACUUAGAAAAGCAAAUUGAAGCAACAGAGGCAACCUGUAGUGGCUGCAAGAAAAAUCUGGUUCUGUCAAAAAUGCGUAACCAUGUGGCUUCCUGUUCCAAGUAUCAGAGCUACCUAAUGGAAGGUGUUAAGGCUACUACUAAGGAUAUGGCACAUCAGCCAAGGAAUAUUCCUAACAGAUUCACCUUUCCAUGCCCUUAUUGUCCUGAGAAGAACUUUGAUCAAGAAGGACUAGGUGAACACUGCAAAAUAUACCACAGCACGGACACUAAAUCAGUGGUCUGUCCAAUUUGUGCCUCAAUGCCCUGGGGGGAUCCUAAUUACCGGAGUGCUAAUUUCAUGGAUCACAUUCAGCGCAGACAUCAAUUUUCCUAUGACACUUUUGUGGAUUAUGACGUGGAUGAAGAUGACAUGAUGAACCAGGCUUUGCUACGUUCCUUAAUAGAUAAAUGAACUCAAAAUUUGUUUCAGAGUUUUUUUGGAUUAUUUUUCCCAUCCUAAGGUUUACAUAGAAGAACUAGAAGCAACAUUAUCUUUUUUUUUUUUUUUAAACCCUUACCUUGUGUUGUAGCAUCAACUCUUAAGACUGAAGGGCAAGGGCCAGGCAACAAAGAGGGUUAAGAGAAUUGCCCAGGGUCACACAGCUAGGAAGUGUCUGAGGCCAGAUUUGAACCCAGGACCUCUUGACUCCAGGCCUGGUGUUCUAUCUACCAUUUUCCUAACUGCCCCUAGCAGUAUCUUUUUUUAUGGGCAUGGUUACAGCAAGGAUCAUGGUCAGAACCCCCUUUUUUCGUGGCCUUUGAAACUCUUGACUCCAUCUUAGCUCCCUCUUUUUUGGGCAGGUUUUGGUAUCUUGCACUUCUAAUUUCUGCUCUACAGUGAUAACUGUAGAUAUGUAGAUAACUGGUAUAUUUUUUCUUUUCCCUCUCUUGCUUUUAUUUUCAUCCCUUCUAGUAUUUACUGGUUACUUCCUAUAAGCUGGUCACAUUGUAAGUUGUAGCAAAACAGAGAUAGCGAAAAGUCUAACUUCUUUAUUUUCUUGUCCAUGGAGCUAUGAUAAAGCACUGAAUGUUUCAUCAGACUUUGAACUAGGAUGGCUUAUAGAAUUUGGCCUUAUUUGCCUAAGGCUGGGAUUAAUUUUCCAGUAAAGUUCUUGAAAACCCUUUUAAGAGUGUUUAGUAGGGUUUAUAGUGUUGUGAAUGAUAAUUUUUUAUUACAUUUCCAUACUACCCAAGCACACCUAGAAUUCCAACUGAUUCAUAGUCUUAAAUUUAAUGCCUAUUUGGUACUGCUUAGUACCAAGUACUGGGUACUGGUUAGUAAUUGACCUCUUUUAUGGGCAUAAAUAAAUGUUUCUAGGAUUGAAUAGUAAAAUUCUUAAUCCUUGCAAAUAGAAAGAAACAUCUUUUUUUGAGGCCUGGUAUUUUUUAGGUGUCUCACCUGAUGUUUACCUUCCUUAUAUGGGGUCUUGUUACUUUCUUGGCCUAUAGACCAUGUAGCAAAGUGUUAAAAUAACAAUUUCAGAACAUAAGAGCUUUCCAAAGGAAACUGGUGGAAAGAGAUUUUUAAGUUCUGCUAUAUGACAGUAGUGUUUGGGUUUUUUCCUAAAAGUAAAUUAUAAUAUAAACUGAGAAAUUUUUGUUUUAUUUCUUGAAUGGUUUCUUUGUGGAAUCAGUUUCUACAGAGAAAUCCAUAUAGAAAAUGUCAUUUUGAAUUCAUGAAAACAAUUCAUGAAAUUCAUGAAAAUAUAAGAACUCAGAAUGCCCUCAAGUAGACCCUAUUAUCUGGAGGUAACAUAGAAGCAAAGUGUUAUCUUCCAAAAAAAAAAUCUCCUAAUAUAUAGAACGUUGUAAAUAGAAGUUCUUUGCACACAGUAGAAAAUGUUGUUUUAUUAAUCAUCUGGAUUUCAAGAUUCUUAUUUCCUUUUUUAUUCCAGGAAACCUGCUUUGGAAACUGUUCAGGGAACUUGAAGUUCAGCAUACUUUGCUAAUAUUAAUAAGCACAAGGCCAAAGCGCUUUGAGCCUCUUCUGUAAGAGCUGAGCUCUGCUUGCCUCCUAAUGAACAAAAGGAGGAUGGAACCAGAUCAAGUUGUGAUCUCGUUCUUUAGAUUUCAUGUCUAACUGCUGGAUUUAAUCUAGUCAAUGACUGAUGUUCCAGGUAAUCAGACAUGCUUUAGGCCUGUAUGCUGCUACCCUACCUUUCCUGAUGGGCUUAAGUAGCAUCUGUAAAUGCCAGUUGAUUCCUGAAAGCCCUCUAUAACUCCAAAUGCUAGUGUUUUGAGUUUAUCUUUUUAGGCUUUCUGUACCAUAGUUGGAUCCCAGAGUUAAGAACGUUGUUGUAAUAUAAGUCCUAGAGAAAUUUCAGUUUAACACUGUACCGAGCUAUAAUUCUCUAGAGGUUAGAUAGGAAAAGUUAUGCCUCAACUUUGGGAUUUGAAGUUUUAACUAGAGUGUAUCAGACUCACUGGGCAAAGGGAUCAACUUGAUUCCGAUUAUUUUCUUGUAUUAAUCUUAAGUGCACUUCAUGUAUUUCUUGUAAGAAGACCUUUCAGAAAAUGAGAACUUUAUCUUGUUCUGACUUUUAAAAGUCAACAUACGAAUAAAUUUAAUAAUUUAUUAAA